GAGCAGACAAACCAGUUUCAAACUAUGAACGGAUUUGCAGUUCUAGAAAUGGAACAAUGUGAUGCAAAUGAAGGAAAUCAUAUGAUGGGUAAAGGAGAAACAUAUGCUCUAAAUAACAGAGCUAAUAUAGAGCCAAAUGGGAAGGUAAUUGCAGCAGCAGAUGUUACCAAUACAAUAACAACUCCUACUGUUCAGACACACAGAUUAUCAAAAGUGACGAAGCCGUUAAAUCCAAAUGCUACUGCUUUUAAGCUUAUUGAUAAAGAGAAUUUGAACCAAUCGCAGUCACAACAAGAAUCUACUGCACAAUGGGCUAAUAAGGUUUUUGGAAGCAAGUUAGUUACCACUAAUCAAUCGUGUCAAGAUAUCCCAUCUCAGUCCAUGGAUACAUAUGGUAUAUCUGAACAGGUGAAUGAGAAAGAUAGAUUAGCUUUGACUAGCAGCAAACUAUGGGAGGAUCAAGCAGAAGAAGACUCCGAAGAAGUUCAAAUUGAAGAACUCACAAGUUUGAUAAAUGAGAGGCAAGAUUCUAAUUUCUACAUUGUCUUAGUUUAUCAUUUUCAAAGCAUCAUCACUUGUAAUAGCGUCAUAGAGUAUGUUAUAAACUCUAUGGCGAUCAUAGAGUACUUGGUACUUUCAAGUUCCUAUUUUUUACAUGCUUGCUAGAAGAUGAGGCUUUAUCUUUGCCUCAAUAGGAUUGGUAAGGUAAGGGUUAGCACGGUUAGUGUUGCCUUGGUCAUAUGCCUUUG